AUGCCACCGACAUCCACCACAGCACCACUUCUUAGCUUUUUUUCAGCGAACACUGUGCAGCCGAAAACAGUCGACCAACUGGCUGCGUCUAUCAUGGGCCAGAGUGUGAAGGUCGUUCAAGAUGAUCAUGGAGAUCGGUCUGCUGUGUCAGCCGAUAACGUUGUACUAACAUCUUCUAAACCCCUACCCUGCGAUGGUGGUCUAGCAGGUUCAGGGAAGAGCACCAGCGCUUCAGCGACCGAGGGGGGCGACUUGUGCCGGACAGAAGACACUAUGUCUGCAACUGCAGGGACUAUUGAUCACGAGCGGCUGAAAACAGUGGGAUCGGGUCAAAGCCUUGUCGCGAUGAGCGGGUCUCCUCCGUGCGCUCCGUCGGUGGUGAGUUCUGAGGCAGCUACACAACCUGAGGCGGACACAGACGUGAAUGGACGUAGUACUACUACUAAAGCGCAGGAGGGUG